GCUUCAUUUACUCUUCAUAUUCAAAGUUAAGAUGGCUAUACUCGGACAUGCCAUGAAACAAAUGUAUCCGGUCACUUCUAAUGAUUUUAAUGCUUCUUAUAACUUUUCAUCGCGAUUAAAAUAUUAUAUCCGAUCUUGAUUUGCACUUGUACCUUGCACUCCAUCACUCUAUCACUCUAUCACUCUAUCGCUCAUUUCUCGUCAUAAUUAGCCAUUUAUCAUAAGAUCUACCUUAGGUACCUAAGGUGAUAAAAACAUCACCGAGAUGUCUUCGCGAGGGAAUCAGCGAAGAGGUCCAAAUAGGAACAGCGAGAUCGGUGAGCACGGCGAGGAAUUGCCCAUGUGGAAAGACAUCAAGGACAAAGGCACUGUUAUUACCAAUGCCUUCAAUGACAGCAGUUCCAACGUCAACAAGAUUCGCGACCAGGAGAAGCUCAUGGCCGAGAAGAGGACCAAAGGCGUCCUCACCGUAGAAGACUAUAAUACACUCGAUGACUUCUACCGUAAGGGUGUAAAGGCCAAUGAAAUUGCUAGUCAGGCCAUCGUCGAAACAAUCGAAAAGCUCAAGGUAUUGCGUGCCGUGCAGAAGGCCAAGGAGGAGCAACAAGAGGUAAACACCUCGAGAGUCCAGCGGGCUAAGGAGUCAGCCGCUGCUGCCUCUUCUCUAUAUGACUUUGACGGAUCUGGCGAGUCGUCCGUCCCGUCUCCAAACCCCACCAUACGCCGUAUAAAUAAUAAUAACAAGGGUGACCGUGACUCAGUCCCCCCUAGGGAUCGUUCUACUCCAGCAGCCAAGGCGGGCAGCGCCGAACCGCAAGCCGGGCCUUCUUCUAACUCCAUCCGUACCAAGCAGACAUUCGCCAAAGACGACGAGGUCGCUUUCAAGCCGAAGCCCGUAAGUAACGAGCAGACGGACUGGAUUCUAGGCAUCGUCCAAGAUGUGCGCGGCGACGGAAAGACGAGGCGGUACAGGGUCCUCGACGCCGACGUGGACGAGAAUGGUCAUCAAAAAGAUUUCCGAACUUACGCUAGCAGCAUGAUCCUUAUCCCUAGAGAAGGGACUGUGCUGCCGCCAUUAGAGACGGGUAAGACGGUGCUAGCGCUUUAUCCCAAUACUACCACAUUCUAUAAAGCCGAGGUUAUGGGGAUGGAUGGCGACGGAAAGGUUAACUUGAAAUUUGAGGGCGAGGAGAGCAGCAAUACAAUGCAAGCCGUCAUCCGUCGACACGUUGUGGAGUAUCGGGGUUGAGAAGAGCGAGCCUUGUUAGAUUGAUUGAUUAAGAUUAGGAGUCCAGGCUGGUCGGAUGGGGCACGAUCUGGAGUUAUUGGUUCUUCAGGAAUUCAACUUUUAUAUGAUUUCGUAGUUAGUCUACGAAUGGGGUAUGCGGGUUGAAUUCGGAUUUUGUCUUGAUGUUUACUUGGACGAUUAAAUGGCAUCGUAUAAUCAAACAUAUUAUUGAACUAGUUAAUACCUAAGCUUCUGACGACCAUUCCCUUUUGUA